AUGGCGGUGGCACCAAAGAGGAACGAGGAAGAAGAGUUCCUAAUUUUCUACAGGAAACUUGGAAGCCAUAAGAGAAACACGAAGCUUACGCUGAGAUAUGUUGAUACGAACCUCUCUGUGAAAUUUGACGACGAACGAUCGCCAGAGGGUGGCGGUGGACAGCGAUGGUACUUCCCCGGCGAGACAAACCAAGGUCAGAUCCAAGUUUCCAGUGUUGAUACGAACCUCUCUGUGAAAUUUGACGACGAACGACCGCCAGAGGGUGGUGGUGGACAUCGGUGGUACUUCCCCGACGAGGGGAUAUCUUCGGACAAGAUCUUGGAUGUAAGAAAGCUUUUAGCAGUCCACGUUGAGACCUGCCAUUUGACCAACUUCUCCCUCAAUCACGAGGUACGAGGAAAUCAACUUAAGGAUUCCGUCAACAUUGUCUCGCUUAAACCUUGUCAGCUGUCUAUCAUCCAAGAGGAUUACACGGAGGAUCUAGCGGUUGCGCACAUCCGACGGCUUCUCAACAUUGUCUCCUGCACAACCUCAUUCGGUUCUCCAAAAUCUGCUGGUCGAACCAGUCCCAAAGAAUCGGGUUCUAAGGAAUUGACUGUCGUCGACAAUGGUCCGACCCAUGGGUGUGAAUCUCCCAAUAACUCCAAGGCGAAGGAAAAAAUCGACGCUACUGCGGCAGUGUCGAUGUGUCCUCUGCCCCGGCUCAGCCAGUUCUAUGAUUUCUUCUCCUUUUUUCACCUCAAUCCACCUAUACAAUGUAACAUCCUACACCAGUACGACACACAAUCGAUCAAUGAGAGUGUCACACAGAACUACCAGAGUGACUAA